GGCGAGGCUCUCAGCGUCAGUGGUAACCGAGACCUUGACCAAGGAGAAGGCAGGAGGCAGUGAGAGGUGGGCUAGCUCGCUGCGGACGGCGGCGGUACCCCCGCAGUGAGAGGUGGAGCACCUGGCCGGGGACGGCAGAGGAGCCUCGGAGGGCUUAAUUCUGUCUUGGUGGCCGGUGAUAGAGGAAGAGGUGGAGGAGGAGGAGGACAAGGAGGUGGGGGAGGACCUCCCUCAAUCCUGCGGAGAAGAGGAGGACCUCCCUCAAUCCUGCGGAGAGGAGGAGGAGGACCUCCCUCAAUCCUGCGCAGGGAAAAUGACUGCUGGUUCAGUGUGUGUUCCUCAGAUCAUACCAUUGCGAGUGCCUCAGCCUGGAAAAGCCAACCAUGAAAUUGAUAACAAUACACUUGUGGAAAUGAAGUCAGAUACCCCAGAUGUCAGCAUAUAUUAUACCUUGGAUGGCAGCAAGCCUGAAUUUCUAAAGAGAAUAGGUUAUGGUGAAAAUACUACAUUUAAGUAUACAAGGCCUAUUACUCUGCCUGAUGGAAAAAUACAAGUUAAAGCUAUUGCAGUCUCUAAAGACUGCAGACAGAGUGGCAUUGUAACAAAGAUGUUUCAGGUGGACUAUGAACCGCCAAAUGCAGCCUUUUCAGAAGACAGUGUUGAAAACAUUCUUGAAGAUUCUUCAAAGCAGGAACUGAAAAAUGGAUUUGUUGCACCAAAACCAAGGAAGAAAUCUAAGAAUGUUGAACAUAAACCUGGUUGGAAUGUUCACCAUAGACAUCUAGACAACCACAUGGAAAGGCCCCCUUACCGUGAAGAAUCAGUUUCUAGACCACCCAGAAAUCCACCCCAGUUCCCUAGUUUUGCGCACAUAACUGGCCAUCCGAGUUUGACAGCCACAGAGAUCAUGAGAAUUCAAAGGGAGACAGACUUUCUCAAGUGUGCCCAGUGCCUCGCCCUUCGCCCAUCUGAUCCCUUGGUUCGCUUCUGUCAAGAUUGUGGCUUUCCUGUUCCACCUGUAUUUGGUUGUCGUCUCUCACCCUCAGAAGGAGCUCAGUUGGGCUUGUGUGCAGAAUGUGGAAGCAUGGUGCCCAUGAACACUUCCUUCUGUGUGGUGUGUGAGGCUCCUCUUGCUCUGCAGAUGCAACCACCCGCCAGCUUCCACAUGAAGGAGAAAGUAAUCUGUCGCACCUGUGGCACAGGGAAUCAUCCUUACCUGAAAUACUGCCUCACCUGUGAGAGCACCCUGCCUUCAUCAAAGGAGUCCAGGUGUAGUGGAGAUAAAGGUGGUCCUGGGAAAGGGGAGACCAUUUCCUGCUCCAAAUGCGGCCGCCAGAACCGCCCGGGUGCUUUCUUCUGUGACUGGUGUGGAGCCACGCCUGUCGUUGCUACCUGCUUCUCUGUUUGCCUCAAAUGUGGGGCCAACAAUCACCCGUCUGCCCGAUUCUGUGGCUCCUGUGGUAUAUAUCUGAAGUCCUUGGCAAAACUUAGUGCGGAGAACAGCCGGGCUCUAGCUGCUGGAGAACAGGGCCCUUUUGCUGAGUCCCGAUCUGCCUGGCAGUCCGUAAAUGGUCCUUUACCCAAACAUGAUGGGUCUAGGAGGAAUGUAGGUACACAGACCGCUGGCCUGUUCUACCCAUCUGGCAACCUACUGGCAAAAAAGGAAAUGGAAAUGGCUUCUCAUCAGCAGAGACAGGAGAAAAUGAGUGACCAUAAGCCUCUCCUUACAGCCGUCAGCCCAGGAAGAGGAUACUGGAGAAAACAGUUGGAUCACAUCUCUGCUCACCUCAGGGCCUAUACUCAGAACAACUCUGAGUUCCGGGCCUUGAUUGCCGAACCCAGGAUGGGAAAGCUUCUUUCUGCUACUGUCCAUGAAGAUGGCUAUGAAGUUAGCAUCAGGCUGAAUUAUGUUCAAGUCUCAAACAAGAACUUUUACAUGAGUAAGGCGAUGAAUUUCAGCGACCACUUUCUGAGCACCGUCACCGAGGGUGGUCACGGGAUAUUUGGCAGCAGGUAUAGCUUGGUGAGUGACUACUGCCACAGCACCUCCGAUACCACUGAAAAAAUCAAGAGGACAAAGACUUUCAAGACCAGAACAUUUCAAGAAAGGAAGGAGCAGCUUACACCCGAAAACAGGCUCCUGCUGAAGGAAGUCGGACCGACAGGGGAAGGAAGAGUCUCUGUGAUUGAACAGUUGCUUGAUGAAGGAGCAGAUCCCAACUGCAGUGACAAUGAAGACCGACCCGUUAUUACCGUGGCUGUGAUCAAUAGGCACCAUGAAGCGAUCCCAGUCCUCGUGCAGAGAGGAGCAGACCUCGAGCGGCCGUGGGGACCGUACCAAAAUACUGCUCUUCAUGAAGCAACUCUGCUUGGCAUGGCAGGAAGGGAGUGUAUCGCUGCUUUACUAGGAUGCAAUGCAAGCAUCCGAAAGAAGAAUAUUAGAGGCCACACCCCCCGUGACCUGGCUCUGUCAAUUGGGGAUGACCUCAUCACCUCGCUCUUCGCUGCUAAGCUUGGCCUUGAUGACUAUUAGGCACUAGGACCUCCACGGAGCUUCACGUAAAGAAACCAUCCAGCCCUGGCAGUUCUUUGCUCGUUUCCUUCUGAAAUGUGUAUUUGAGUUUGGCAACUGUGGUUAAGAUGAAGUCAUAUGUUUUUGUCUUUUAAUUAUGUGACAGUGUAAGCAUGGGUAUUUCCUAAUGUGAUGGUGAUGAACUUGAUGCAUGUCUUAUUGCUGCUUGUUUUAGAUUUUCUUUUUCAAUAGAUAAUAAUUGCACAAAAUGCAAAGCUAAAAAUAUCAUGUAGUGAAAAGUCUGCUUCCCAUCCCUGACCCUCAGCCACCCACUUCCCCUCCUCAGAGGUAGCCAGUGGUAGCGUCAACUGUGUCUUUCCAGAAAUAGUACAGGAUUGUAUAAGCCGUGUGUGUAGUGUAUGCAUGUGCAGGUCUAUAGAGUAGGCAUGAAUACAAAUAUAGAUAAUAUACACAUAUAUUAUCUCUCCUCUUGUGAGACAAGUAGUAGUGAACUACACACUGUCCUAUCUUGUUCUUUUGCUUAAUGUGUCUUGUAGGUGGUUCCAACUUAUGAUAUAAAGACUGAGUUUAUUUAAAAAUUUUUCUUUUCUUAAUAUCUUUUCUUGUUAUACUUCCAUUUCCUCCCUCCUUUACCUCCCUUUUUCCAGUUCCUACUCACGCCCACGUCUUCAUUACCCUAUUGCCUGUGUCCGUGGGCUGUGCCUCUAAGUUCUUUGGUUUAGCUCUUCCUACCCCCCCACCCCCAACCUCACAUCAAGGUAUAUCAGUCUGU